AUGGGGUCUCGAUUAGACAGACUCGUCACGCUCCUCGAGACGGGCAGUACGCAAUUAAUUCGCAAUACAGCCGCCCAGCAGCUGGCAGAUGUUCAGAAACAGCACCCAGAUGAACUGUUCAACCUGCUCGGGCGCAUCUUGCCCUACCUCAGAUCCAAAUCUUGGGACACCAGAACGGCCUCGGCCAAGGCAAUCGGCUUGAUUGUCGCGAACGCAGAUCCAUAUGACCCCAAUGAAGAUGAUGGGCUGCAGAUCAAGUCGGCCGCAGAUGAGGAUGACGUGGAGAUCAAGUCCGAGAUCAAAUCCGAAGAGUCGUUCUCGAUUGACGAAUUCCUCAAGCUCGAUACCCUGGACCUCGCGUCAAUUUUGAGAUUUGGUAAACGCCUGCUUGGUAGCGCAGGAAAAGAAUAUGAAUACUCUUUGGCAUCGAUGGAGCCAACGGCCCGAUUGCAGCACCAGAAGAAGACUCUCACCUCGCGACUCGGGUUGAAAGGUGAAUAUCUCGAAGAGGACCUCAUUGAGGAUGUUGAGAAGGCCCCCAAAGUGGUCACACCGGCCCCCAAGGAUGAACCCAAGAUCGCGCCCAUCUCGCGCCAGAACAGUUUAAUCGAAGCCCCGUCCCACCGCCCCUCUUCGCCCAACGAGAGUGCGAUCAAGGAGGAUGGAGGGCUGAGCAAGCGACAACUUAAUCAACUCAAGCGCAAAAACAAACAGCACGCCAAGAUGGGAGCAAACAAGGUCCGCGUGGUAGAUCUGUCCGCGCGUCGACAAUCUGAGGCCGUGACGACGCCCACGCCCACGACCCCUCAUCCCGUGAAAGCAGAGAAUGGGGAUGAUCACAACGGCGAGACGAAGACUGAUUACUUUUCAUUCGAACGCAACGAAGAAGACGAUGAUUCUAAGGUUGUUUCUGAGUUCAAAGGAGUUGUCGCCCCAGAGCGGCCUCACCUGCAACCUGAGAUUUCGGAGCAGGGUGGAGGAUGGCCUUUGGAACACAUGUGCGAAUUCCUCACCAUAGACAUCUUUGACUCCAAUUGGGAAGUCCGACAUGGUGCCGCUAUGGCCCUGCGUGAAGUGAUUCGAGUCCAGGGCGUGGCUGCUGGCCGCCAAGAUGGAAAGACUCGCACUGAAAAUGACGCGCUCAACCGCAAGUGGCUAGACGACCUUGCCUGCAGACUACUAUCCGUCUUGAUGCUUGAUCGAUUUGGUGAUUACAUUUCCGACAAUGUUGUCGCCCCCAUCCGUGAAACCGUGGGCCAGACGUUGGGUGCGCUGCUCUCACAUCUUCAUCCGAAAUCAGUUCGAUCGGUAUACCGAUGCCUCUACCGCAUCAUCAUGCAAACAGACCUAGGACUUGAACGUCCUGUCUGGGAGGUCUGCCAUGGUGGCAUGAUUGGCCUGCGCUAUUUGGUUGCGGUCCGGAAAGACUUGCUUAUCAAGGACUCGAACAUGAUGGAUGGCGUUUUAGAGGCUGUCAUGAAAGGGCUUGCUGAUUUCGACGACGAUGUCCGAGCCGUCAGUGCCGCAACGCUUGUGCCAAUCGCAGAAGAGUUCGUCACAUCACGGACUGGCACUCUCGGCCCAUUGAUGAAUAUCGUCUGGGACUGCCUCUCUAACCUUCAGGAUGAUCUUAGCGCCAGUACAGGUUCCGUGAUGGACCUUCUGGCCAAGUUGUGCACCUACUCUCAAGUUCUGGACGCAAUGAAGGCAAACGCCGCGGAUGAUGCCGAAGCCUCAUUUGGCAAGCUCGUUCCUCGUCUCUAUCCGUUCCUUCGCCAUACCAUCACCAGUGUCCGCUCAGCUGUACUUCGAGCUCUGACGACGUUCCUCAAAUUGGAAGGCGAAGGCUCAACAGACUGGGUAGAUGGCAAGGCUUUGCGUUUGAUCUUCCAAAACCUUCUGGUGGAGCGCAACGAGGGCGUUUUGAAGCUUUCCAGUCAAGUGUGGUCUGAGCUACUCAAGGUUGCUGAACUGCGCGGUUCAUUCAAAUCUGCAGAAGAGUUAUCUGAAUCCGUUUCACCUCUCGUUACCCUGACCCUAGGUGCCUUUGGUGUCCCUCGAUACCCCAUCCCUAUGAAUGCGUCGCUCUUUAUCAAGCCGUCUGGACUGCCAUUCUCCAUUGCUGCCCCAGCCCCGACACCCUCAAAAGCCUCUCCUCCAGCUCCCGGCGGCGCUGAGACCAAACCUGGCCGCAGACGCAAGUCGGAGAAGAAGGAAAAAGAGCCACAGGCGCCUUCGGCACACAAUGUGGACGGGCACAUGUUAUCUGGUGAUAUUGAUCUCGUCGGUGCCGAUACCAUGCUACGGUCUAAGAUCUUUGCCUCCAAGGCGCUGGGCGAACUGUUAUCAUUCUGGGACAAGAAUGAGCUACCCAGCUUCUGGCCCUCCAUUCUAGGGGGUCUCAAUGUUUCUGCUUCAACUACCCAGCUUGCUUCGUCCAUGGUCAUCGAAGAGUAUGCUCGCCGAUACGGACCUGAUAGCAAGUACAACUCCGAUCUUUGUGACAAUCUACGAAACGUUCUCGAAAACGAGCGCCCGCCAUGGUACUCAGACAUUGCGUGCUACCUGCAUGUUGCGCGCGCCCAAUGCCAUUCGCUGUUGAACACAUUCCGCGACCAUGCGCACGUUGCACCUUCCCGACUGCCGACAUUGGCCGUCGUUGUCCAAGGUGACUCGGAGGCCGGGCCCAACGCGUUCUCUUUGGCGGAUGCUGAGAAGAUCGUUGGUCCUGACUUCGACAGAUUGAAGAAGAACCUGACACCCGCUCAACGAAUCACUGCCACCCAAGUUCUGACAGAUACUCGCGCAACCACACUCUCCGCAGUUGACGAGGCCCGACUGAUGAAAGAACAGCGUGAUAUGCGCGUGCUGGCUGCCACUGCUGGCGCUCUUGUCGCUCUGCGGGAUAUUCCCAAGAAGCCUGGUCACAUAAUCAAGGGAAUGAUGGAUAGUAUCAAGAAGGAGGAGAACUUCGAACUUCAACAGCGUUCAGCUACGGCUGUGGCCGGGUUGAUCGAACAUUACACUGCCGCGACCAAGCGUGGUCCUGUCGAUAAGAUCAUUGGAAACCUGGUGAAAUACUGUUGUGUCGACACCUCCGAGACACCUGAAUUCCCACACAAUGCCCAGUUGGAGAAAUCGAUUCUGUCCCUUCGCAAAGAGGAGGAUCGUCGCGACCACCCGGAUGCAGCCAAGUUUGAAAGAGAAGCCAAGGAAGCAAGGAUCAUGCGCCGUGGUGCCAAGGAUGCCCUUGAACAGUUGACUGUGAAGUUUGGCGCCGAACUUUUGGAGAAGGUUCCAAACCUUGCCAAGUUGGUCGAACGGCCUUUGCGAGAUGCAUUGGUAAACGAUGAACUUCCAGAAGAUAUCACCAACCCCGAGAACGAGCUUGGUCAAGAGAUUGUUGACGGUUUGUCUACACUUCGUGCUCUCCUGCCCAAAUUUCAUCCAGGUCUCUACCCAUGGGUUCUGGAUCUCAUGCCGAUCAUCGCCAAGGGUCUCCAGUGUCGUCUUUCUGUCAUCCGGUACGCAGCAGCAAAAUGCUUUGCCACCAUUUGCAGUGUCAUCACAGUGAAGGGUAUGACCAUGCUCGUGGAGAAGGUUUUGCCUAUCAUCAGCAAUGGUUUGGAUGUCCACCACCGCCAAGGUGCAAUUGAGUGCAUCUAUCACUUGAUACACGUGAUGGAAGAUGGUAUUCUUCCUUAUGUUAUCUUCUUGGUCGUUCCCGUUCUUGGCCGAAUGAGCGAUUCUGACAAUGACGUGCGACUUUUGGCAACGACCUCAUUCGCGACUCUCGUCAAGCUUGUUCCCCUCGAGGCCGGUAUUCCAGAUCCGCCUGGCUUCUCUGAAGAGUUGCUCAAGGGCCGAGACCGCGAGCGGAAGUUCAUGUCUCAGAUGCUGGAUCCGAAGAAGGUCGAGGAAUUCUCCAUUCCAGUCGCUAUCAAAGCGGAGCUUCGACCCUACCAGCAAGAUGGUGUCAACUGGCUUGCGUUCCUCAAUCGCUACAAUCUUCACGGUAUUCUUUGUGAUGACAUGGGUCUUGGAAAAACCUUGCAGACUAUUUGCAUUGUUGCUAGUGAUCACCACAUGCGCGCAGAAGAAUUUGCCAAGAGCCAGUCUACUGAUUCACGCAAGCUUCCUUCUUUGAUUGUCUGCCCACCAUCUCUGUCAGGACACUGGCAGCAAGAAGUUAAGCAGUACGCUCCGUUCUUAAGUUGUAUCGCAUAUAUGUGA